GCUUGACAAGUGUUUUUUCUCUCUGUUUGAGCUCUCUCGACAGGUCUUCGCCUUCGAUCCCUCCCUCCAUCCAUCCAUUCCAUCGAGCAAGCAGUAAAGCGAGGAUCAUGUCGGGCUCCACGCUAGCGGCGGGGUCGAGAGUGGCGCCAGGGGGCAGAGCUCACGGCGGUCUCCAGGAGCUCGCCCAGGAGUCGGGCUCGCUGGGCGGGGUCACGGGAUCGCUCCGCGUCAUCCAGCUGCAGCUCGUGGCGUUCAUCGUUGUCUUCUCGGCCAGCGGGUUAGUCCCUCUUUUGGAUCUUGCAUUCCCGGUUUUUGCAUCCUUGUACGCGCUCUUCCUGGGAGCGGUGGUGUUCCCAAACUACCACAGACGCAGGAGCACCGCGCCCGUGUUCAAGGGGAGCCGCCUCUUCCAGCUCUACGUGAUCUUCGGGACUGUGAUUGGCUUGUUCUUGCCGCUGGGCUAUGUUCUAGGGGGAUUUGCAAGGGGUGACCAGGCAUCCGUGCGAGCCGCCACUCCACACCUCUUCCUGCUCUCGGUCCAGAUUCUCAGCGAGAACUUGAUCAGUGGGCUUGCGCUCUUCAGCCUCCCGGUGCGAGCUCUCCUGCCCAUCAUGUACACUGGUCGCCGGCUCAUCGCCUUGUCUUCGUGGGUUCACGUCACCUUGAAGGCGAGUAUACCACCUCAACAUGAUUUCCAGAAAGCUGCGUGGGUGUGGUUUGGACGGAGUUUAGCCAUCGCCAACUACGUGUUCUACUCCGUCAAUCUGCUGGGAUUUUUGAUCCCCCUGUUUUUGCCCAGAGCUUUCGAGCGCUACUUCCAGGACAGGGACGAGUACUACAAAGAGAAGGAGCAAUCGCCCGCCACUGCUCGGGGGCCCGAGAAGAAGUCGCAGUAGAGAGUAUAACCUUGGUCGGUGUCUCUUUUUUUUUCUUAUUUCUCUUCUUGGUUGUAAGCUAGAACUAAGUAAGAACUGGUAGCUAUCUUACUGAUGUUCUCACUAAUUGUCAUCACAUCGCUAAAUUUUUGCUGGA